UUUCUACUCGGCAGCCAUGUUCCGAAAUUCCUACGACUCCGACAACACCACUUUCUCGCCCCAGGGAAAGCUCUUCCAAGUGGAAUAUGCGCUCGAAGCCGUAAAGCAAGGGUCAGCCGCUAUCGGUCUCCGCUCCAAGACCCACGCCGUCUUGCUCACUCUCAAACGAUCCACAGGCGAACUUGCAACCUACCAAAAGAAGCUGAUCCGCAUUGACGACCACGUCGGUGUCGCUAUCGCCGGCCUGACAAGUGAUGCGCGAGUGUUGAGCAACUUUUUGAGGCAGAAGGCUAUGCAGUCGAGGAUGACGUAUGGGAGGGCUACGCCGGUUGCGAGGUUGGUGCAGAGUAUUGCGGAUCGAGCUCAAACCAACACCCAAGAGUACGGUCGUCGCCCCUACGGUGUCGGCUUCCUCGUCAUCGGUACCGACGAGACCGGUCCCCACCUCUUUGAAUUCUCCCCCUCCGGCACGGCAUUCGAAUACUACGCCCACUCUAUCGGGGCGAGGAGCCAAAGUGCCAAGACGUAUCUCGAGAAGAACUUUGAAAAGUUUGAAGAUGCUUCCCUUCCCGAACUGAUCAACCACGGUCUCUCCGCCCUCCACGACACCCUCCAACAAGACAAACACCUCUCCGUCCUCAAUACCUCCAUCGCCAUCAUCGGCCCCGCUUCCGACGAGAGCGCAAACCUCGAAGACGUGCGCGCUUCUGCUGCGGCGCAGAAGGGCAACUUUAGGGUGUGGGAGAAUGAGGGCGUGGAUGGGUUUUUGAGGGCGUGGAGGAGGAGCAGGGGGGAGCCGGAGGAUGGGCCUAGUGAGGAGCCGGAGGAGGCGGCGGCGGGUGAAGGGGCUGAAGGGGCUGCUCCUGCGGCUGGGGAGGGAGAAGGACAGCAAGGGGAAGAUGUUCAGAUGCAAGAGUAGAAAGACC